GUGGAGAGAAAGUUCUUCAGCAGAAUAAAAGCCAAUUUAAAGACUUCUCGCGAGAAGAACUAAGCAGGUGUCGCCUCCAGUCAAUAAGCCCUGCGGUGUGUAGCCAUUACCAUGGAGACCGACGUCGCUUAGCAAGACUUGUGUUGAGGACGCGCGCAGACGAUUUCCCGGGAAAAGUUCUGAUCCAGCGUUGGGAGGAAAGCAGUGUAGAGCUCGCGCGUGGUGGAUCUAAGGAAGAAUGAAAAGCAGCAGCCCCCGCGCAGGCUCUGCCUGCUCCAGGCUCAUCGAUGUCACCAGUAACGCACCGUUGUUGCUCCCACCUGCCACCACAGCUGCCUCGCCGGAAGUGGAGGUACGGACUCGUAAUUAUUUUCUGUUGGAUGUUCCUGUCAAUCGAGAACAGCUCUGUCACUAUCGGAACGCAGCAGAAACGGCCCGUAGUGAACUCGCAGCUCUCCUGGUGAAAUAUGAAUGUGCCCAAUCAGAGCUUCUAGAUCUUAAAUCCCAAAUAGCCUCUAAAGAAAUAUCUCUCAAGGAACUGAAAGCUGAAGUUGGAAGCUAUAAGGAAAAUGAUGCUAGGCAAUCUUCUCUACUCUUCUCUAUGCAAAGCAGACUUCAAGAGAUUGAGAAGGAAUCUGGUACAAUUGCCUUUUCUAAAAAACAAGCAGACCUGAAAGCACAGACCCUUCUCCAGGAGAAUUUGGAACUGAAAGAGCAAAUCCACGAACAGGAAGGUCAAAUCAGAAAAUAUUUGAAUGAGUGUGAAGAGAGCAAGACCCAAGCCUCUAAAGCCAGCAGGAAACAUAGUGAAUUCAUUGCACAACUUUGUCAUUUCUUUGACAUGGGCAUAAGAGAGAAAGAAGAGCCACAGGAAAUUCUGCUCUCAAAGAUCAGUGAUAUACAUGAAGAAAAUGCAGUACUAAAAAGACAAAUGGGCACCCUCAAAGAGACCAUAAAUGUUCAUGACAUGGAGUCAAAAGCAAAUAGAGAAACUAUCAUGAGGCUCGUCUCAGAAAUGAGCAAAGAGCAGAGUAAGGCAGCAGUCUGCUCUCAAGACAUGGAAACGCUAAGCAAUGAUCUAAACAGCACUACAGCAGCAAAACAGAGCCUUGAGAAGGAGAUCUGGACCCUCCAAGACAGACUAGCUGCAAGUCAAAGGGCUUGGGAGGUCUCACAGGAAGAACUGAGCCACCUAAAGAAAUGUUGCUGCAAGAAAGAAGAGAAACUGAAGACUAGCAUAGAGGAGGCCAGAGCCAAAGAAGGUCUACAUGAUGCCUUCAAAGAGCAAAUUACUGCACUACUUCAGAGCAGUUCCAUUAGAGUGAGUCCAUCCGAGAAAGAUAUUGUGGAGAAAAUCCAAGAAGUGUGCCACAUGGAGGAGAGCAAAAAAGCAAUGAUAUCCCAGCUUGAAACCCAAAUAGCUAAACUGACUGAAACACUGGAGACUCAGACUGUGUUACACCAGGAAGCUUUGCAAAGGGCCAGAAAAGCAGAAAACAAAUUUGAAACACUUCACAAUCAAUUGAUGCGUCUGGAAGCGGAGCUGGUGUCUGGGGACGUGAUACGAGAUGCUUUGAAGCUUGAGAAACAAAAAUAUCUUAAGUUUCUGGAUCAACUUUUGGAAAAGAUGAAUCUGGACAGGAUGGCAACAGAUAUUGGAUUUGAUAUGAGAUUGGAUGCAGUACUGGCUCGUGUGGAGCAAUUGAUCAAACUGGAAGGAGACACUUUAACUGAAAAUAAGAUCAUGACUCGCAAUCUGCAAAGGAAGUUGAAAACUCAAAAAGAGCAACUUGACAGCAAGGAGCUACACAUGAAACUUUUGCGUCAGAAGAUAGCACAGCUAGAAGAAGAGAAGCAAGUGCGCACAGCCCUGGCUGUGGAAAGAGAUGAGGCCAACCUUAUGGUUAGAAAGUUAGAAAAAAAGGUGGACAGGUUACAGAAUGAACUUGCCUUGGCAAGAGAAACAAAUACAGACCUGAAAGCUAAACUGGCGGACACCAAUGAAUUGAAGAUCAGAACAUUGGAGCAGGACAGAGCCAUAGAGGAUCUAAGCAAGUCUCAAGAGAAACUGGAAAAGCUGAAAGUGAAGGUUGAGAAGCAGCUGACCUCUGUGAAAUCAGAAUUCCAUGUUGUAGAGCGUGAAGCAAGGGAAGAUAAAGAGAAGGGCAAAAACAUGCUGGAAUCUGUUAACAGAGAACUGGCAACACUUAAAUCUACUCUAGUGACAGUAAUGAAAAGAGAGAGACAGCUGGCAGACUUCAGAGAAGUAGUAUCUCGAAUGCUGGGUCUCAAUAUUGCCACCAUUGCUCUUCCUGACUAUGAAAUAAUUACUCGCCUAGAGGGGUUGAUCCAUUCCCAUCAGCAUCAUUUUGUUCCCUGUGUCUGCUUCAAAGAUAUGUCAGUGAGACAAGAUGGACCAUUGCAGCUUCUCCACUGA